CACCCUCACCCUCCCAAUCCCUCUUCUUCCCCUUCUUUUUUUUCUCUUUCUCUCUUUCGAGUUCGGUGGAAACCCAGCCUUGCUGGGUUUGUCAACCAGCUAAGGCUGGGUUCAUCAGAACCCAGCAGAUUUGGGUUCCGUUGAACCCAGCUUUGUUGUGUUCAGUUGAAACCCAACAAGGCUGGGUUCGAUGGAAACCCAGCCUUGCUGGGUUCGUGACCAGCCAAGGCUGGGUUUGUCAGAACCCAGCAGAUCUGGGUUUCGACGAACCCAGCUUUGCUGGGUUCGGUUGAAACCCAGCAAGGCUAGGUUUGGUGGAAACCCAGCCUUGCUGGGUUCGCGACCAGCCAAGGUUGGGUUCGCCGGAACCCAGCAAGGCUGGGUUUCAACCGAACCGAGCUUUGUUGGGAAAGCUUGGUUCUUGUUUUUUUGUUCUUCUUUCGAUUUCCAUUUCCAGUUGUUAAUAUAUUUGGAGAUUGAUUUAUAAUUUGAUUGCGUUUUUGUUGGAAUUUGAUUAAAGUUUGAUUGUAUUGUUGUUGAAAUUCGAUUAGAGUUUGAUUGGUAUUGUUUAUUGAAGGGUUAUUUUGAUUUGGUAAGAUAUGCCAGGUUUGAGGUUUUAAUGAAACCCAGUAGCUCAAGUUUUCCCGAGAAAAGAGAAGAAGAAGAAAUGGGUGGGUUAAGAUCGAUUUUGUAGAUGGAGUGGAGAUGAGAGAGCAUUCACGAAAGAAGAAGAAAUGGAUUAAGAUCGAUUUUGCAGAUGGAGUGGAGAUGAGAGAGCAUUCAAAGAAUAAGAAGAAAUGGGUUAAGAUCGAUGUUGCAGAGGGUGAAGAUGAGAGACCAGUUUGUAGGCAACUGGAAUCCAUUGGAGGUGUUUAGCGUGAAGAAGAUGACAUGUCAUAAAAAAAAAAAGUCCAGAUAAGCAUCUUUUUAAGUUGUACUCGCCAUGUCAUAAAAAAAAAAAAUGCCAUGUGACCGAGCUAACGGCUCAAAUUAACAGAAGGAUUAACGGAGUGCAUUUUGUAUAGUUGAGGGAUCAAAAAAGUGCAAAAAAUUGU